UAGGCUCUAUGUCUAGGCUCUGACUCCUGCUGACACCGGCGCGGCCGGGACGUGUUUGCUGCGAUAGUGCGCUUUUCAUUCAUUGGGUUUUCGCCUGCGCUCAAAUCCCUUCCGAGCGAGGACAGGGAUGCAGCAAGUUCCAGAAAACGUCAACUUCUCGGCUGAGGAAGAGACUAUCCUCAAGCUUUGGAAGGAGAUUGACGCGUUUCAGACGAGUCUGAAACUUUCCAAAUCCCGACCAAGGUACUCAUUUUUUGAUGGCCCACCAUUUGCAACUGGAUUACCACAUUAUGGGCACAUAUUAGCAGGCACUAUUAAGGACAUCGUGACAAGAUUUGCACACCAGUCUGGCUUUUAUGUUGAACGCCGUUUUGGUUGGGACUGCCAUGGGCUGCCUGUGGAAUACGAGAUUGACAAAGCCCUUGGUAUCAAAGGUCCCGAUGAUGUAAAAAAGCUGGGGAUAGAGAACUACAAUGCUGAGUGCCGAAAGAUCGUCAUGCGGUAUUCUGAAGAAUGGGAGACCAUUGUCACAAGAAUGGGACGUUGGAUAGACUUCAAAAAUGACUACAAGACAAUGUACCCUUGGUUUAUGGAGUCUGUGUGGUUUAUCUUCAAGCAGCUGUACAACAAGGGCCUUGUCUACAAGGGAGUCAAGGUUAUGCCUUACUCAACAGCCUGCAACACACCCCUAUCCAACUUUGAGUCAGGCCAAAACUACAAAGAAGUUGUGGAUCCUGCAGUGAUCGUCAAUUUUCCACUCGAUGAUGAGCCCAAUGUUUCCAUGAUUGCGUGGACAACAACACCCUGGACACUUCCCAGCAAUCUGGCUUUGUGUGUCAACCCAGAAAUGAUCUACGUCAAGCUGAAAGACAACAGCACUGGGAAAGUUUAUAUAAUGAUGGAAGCACGGCUAGACAUCCUAUACAAGAAACCAGAAGAGUACGCCAUCUUAGAAAGGUUCAAAGGCCGCACACUUGUUGGCAAGAAGUAUGAGCCAAUCUUCCCGUACUUUCAACAGUACAAAUCCAGAGGUGCAUUUAGAGUUUUCUGUGACAACUACGUCACUGCUGAGAGCGGAACAGGAGUCGUUCACCAAGCACCAUAUUUUGGUGAGGACGAUUACAGAGUAUGCCUCUCUCAUGGGGCCAUCACAAAAGAACAGGAAAUUGUCUGUCCUGUGGAUGCAAGUGGCAAGUUUGUUGCACCUGUGAAGGACUUUCUCGGACUAUACGUCAAGGAUGCUGACAAAGAGAUCAUCAAGAACCUCAAGAACCGUGGUCGUCUGGUAAACCACAGCACAUCCAAGCACAGCUAUCCAUUCUGCUGGCGCUCAGACACACCGUUGAUCUACCGUGCAGUGCCUUCCUGGUUUGUCAGAGUCGAACACAUGCAGGAGGAUCUGCUCAAGGCCAACUCCGAGACAUACUGGGUCCCUGAUUUCAUCAAGGAGAAGCGUUUUGGCAACUGGCUCCGAGAUGCCCACGACUGGGCCAUAUCCAGGAAUCGAUACUGGGGCACACCAAUUCCCAUAUGGGUCAGCGAUGACGGCGAAGAAGUUGUCUGUGUGGGCUCUAUCAAGGAACUUGAAGAACUGACAGGCGAGCAGAUCACUGACUUGCACCGAGAGACGGUAGACAAGCUUGUGAUUCCGUCUGCAAAUGGCAAGGGUGUCCUGAAGCGCAUAUCUGAAGUGUUUGACUGCUGGUUUGAAAGUGGGAGCAUGCCAUAUGCACAAGUUCAUUACCCUUUUGAGAACUUCAAGGAGUUUCACAACUGCUUCCCAGCAGACUUCAUUGCGGAAGGUGUGGACCAAACACGCGGCUGGUUCUACACGUUGCUGGUCCUUUCAACGGCCCUUUUUGGCAAGGCACCAUUCAAGAAUCUCAUUGCCAACGGCAUGGUGCUUGCCAGUGAUGGCCAGAAGAUGAGCAAAAGAAAGAAGAACUACCCUGACCCAAUGGAUGUCGUAAAGAAGUAUGGUGCAGAUGCUCUGAGGUUGUACCUCAUAAACUCUCCUGUGGUGAGGGCAGAAAACCUGAGGUUCCGUGAGGAAGGUGUUCGAGACAUACUGAAGGAUGUGUUCUUGCCUUGGUACAAUGCCUACCGAUUCCUGGUCCAGAACAUUGUGCUUUUUGAGAAGGCACACGAAGAGAAGUAUGUGUACAGCGAAUCGAAGGCAGGCUCUGUAAACUACAUGGACCGCUGGAUUCUCUCUUACACCCAGAGCUUGGUACUCUUUGUCAAGGCAGAAAUGAAAGAGUAUCGCCUCUACACUGUUGUGCCACGCCUGGUCAAGUUUGUCGACCACCUGACCAACUGGUACGUCCGGAUGAAUCGUAAACGGCUCAAGGGUGAAGGUGGAAAGGAGGACUGCAAGCAUUCUCUCGACACUCUGUGCAGUGUUCUCUACACCAUGAUCCGACUAAUGGCCCCUUUCACGCCUUUCCUGACGGAGCUCAUGUACCAGAACUUGCGGCACCUAUUCUCUGAACUCUCAUGCAAGGAAGAUGCACGCAGCAUACACUAUCUCAUGUUGCCGGAGCCUAGGAAUGAGCUCAUAGAAGAGGUUGUGGAGCGAAGUGUCAGCCGGAUGCAAACUGUGAUUGAGCUAGGGCGCAUUGUCCGGGAUCGCAAGACACUUCCUCUUAAGUACCCACUACGAGAGGUGGUGGUCAUCCACAAAGACCAACAGUAUCUGGACGACGUGGCGUCGCUGAAGCAGUAUAUUCUUGAGGAGCUGAACAUCAGGAAGUUGACUGUAACAGUGGAAAAAGAGAAAUAUGGCGUCCUGAUGAAAGCAGAGCCGGACAUCAAGGCUCUUGGAUUGCGCCUCAGGGGCGAGUCUAAGGCCGUGUCUCAAGAGAUUCGGGCUCUGAAGGAUGCUACCAUCCAGGCAUAUCUCAAAGGUGAAAUGCCCACCGUCUGUGGGCACCGGCUAGAAGCUGGUGACAUCCGUGUCCAGUACAGCUUCUCCGGAGCUCACGCUGAGGAGCUGUCUAAGCAGUAUGAAGCCCAUGCUGAGGGUGAUGUUCUCAUUUUGUUGGACAUCUCACCAGAUCAGUCGAUGAUGGAUGAGGGCUUUGCCAGGGAGGUCAUAAAUCGGGUCCAGAAGCUGCGGAAAAAGGCCCACCUGGUGCCAACUGAUGAAGUGGCUGUGUACUUGGAAGUAUCACCUGUGCAUCACCCCAUUGCCACAGUGAUCACCUCUCACCAUUCUCUAAUAGAGGGUACACUAAAGGUACCCCUCAAGAUGGGCAGCACAUCUGCCGGUGAAGAAGUCAUCAUUGAGGAAGACCAUGAGCUCAAGGGCUCCCAAAUGAAGAUAGUGAUCACUAAGCCAAGUGGCAGCACAUCACCUGCGAGCAAAGAUGCCCUGCCUAGAGCCACAGGCAAGCAAGUGGAUGCACAUGUCAACAAAGCAUCAGGUUCGAGUGAAACUCCUUACUGCAGAUACGUGAAUGUUGAGCUGUGUGGUGCUGCCAGCCAGACCAAUGGACUCAAGGCAACAGUGUUGUUGGAAAAUCCCAUUGGCCAUAAUUUGGUUGAUGUGCCUAGACUUGAACAGCUGGUUUCAGUAGUUUUCAACACUUCAGGAAAGACAUUGGAAAUCUACAGAUCUCGAGACAAAUCUGGAAAGCUGACGCACAUAACCCCAGAUGAUGUGAAGGCACUGCAUGGACAGACACUGUAUGCCUAUCUUCGCUGAGACUGUUUCGCUUCCUAAUUUAUCAUGCACAUGGUAGUCGUAGUAACUUAUUCCUGAGUUUCUCUGGUGCUUGGACUGUAUAAAAUUGUUAUCACGAAACAAACAUGCUGUCAAGCUGCUCUAUAACAGCCUCCUCCCACUCAAACCACUUUCUUUUGUUGUUAUUAUUUCACGCAUCCCAUUUCUUUUGAUGUGAAACAUCAGAAUUCAUUCUAGUAAAUGUUGUCUUCCUCUUUA